AUGACUAAACCAGGGGUGACAAUACAGAGACCUUUGCCAAACUUGAAGAUGAAGAUCUGCCUAUGGAAUGUAAGGGGAGCGUGUCGAAAGGAUUUCUUGCCGGCUGCAUGGUCCAUCAUUGAGGAGCAACACCCUCAUGUUUUUGUUUUGUUCGAAACCAAAAGUGAUGAUUACAGAGCGAAAGAGGUGAUGUUUCAGUUGAAGUUCAAUGAUUAUCGAGUGAUCCCCCCUAAUGACAAACGUGGGGGUAUUUGGUUAUUUUGGAAAUACGAGGUGGACUUGGUUUUAUUCACGGCGGAGACAAGUCACUUCCAUGUGCUCUUUAACUUCAAAAAUAUCCAACGGGAGGUUCUUGUUACGGGAAUGCAUGCACCGAGUGUUCCGGGAGUGCGUCAUCAACUGUGGAGAAACUUGAGGGAUAAUCUUCCCCCACCGGAGACUCCGUGGUUGUUGGCUGGGGAUCUUAAUGAAGUCACGUCGCAGUCGGAAAAAUUGGGUGGUCGUCCUUAUCGUGCAAAUCAAAGUCGUGAUUUUACAAAUUUCGUGGAUGCGGCUGGAUUGAUUGAUCUUGGAUUCAGUGGUUGCCCUUUCACCUGGACCAACGCUCGUGAUGGUAUUGAGAUGAUUAAGGAGAUGUUGGACAGAGCACUUGCUAAUCCUAAGUUACUGGAUCUUUUCCCCCAGACAAAGGUACAUCACUUGCCUCGUACUAACUCUGAUCAUGCUCCUAUUAUUAUUUCUUUCUUUGAUUCAGUUGUUGCUGGCCCCUUCCCCUUUAGAUGUAAAGAAGUGUGGAUGGAACACCCUACUUUUGGUGAAUUUUUCCUUAAUAACUGGCGAAUAGCUGAUAAUAACUUUUUACGAGGAAGACAGAAUUUUCUUGCAAAUAUAAAGAAUUGGAACACCAAUGUUUUUGGUAAUCUUAAUAAACAAAAAAGACGUCUCUUAGCUAGAAUUAAUGGCAUCCAAAUUGCACUAGCAAAAUAUCACUCUGAUUUCUUGGUUAACCUGGAACAAAGUCUUUUAAAGGACUUGAAUGAUAUUUUUCGUAAAGAAAGGCUAAUUUGGGCCCAAAAAGCAGGUCUAAACUGGCGAAAAUAUGGGGAUUACAACACUAAAUAUUUUCAUUUAUUGGCUAAAAUUAAGAAAAGUAGGGGGAAGAUUCUGGCUCUUAAGAAUUCUAAUGGGGAUUGGAUUACUAAGUUAGAGGAUCUUAAAAAUUUGGCAACUGGGUUCUAUGAAACCGUUUUGCUACUACCAUGGCUUUUAGUAGUCUCAAUUCAAUCACUUUGA